GCUACUUAUAAGAGCGAUCUACCUUCGAACCCACACUAAACGAUCUAUCAGUACCCAUUCGCAGUCGUUUGGGAGUCGUCCACUGAGUCGGUUGCUGAUUGUUCCCUCCGUAGAACACAACAAGCGGAAUCAAAAUGCAACUGAGAAGUGCUUUGCAUAUCUUUCUCUUGAGCCUGGUGGCUCUUCAGCAACUGGACUUGGGUGCUAGUUCCCGUAUCCUGGCAGCCUUCUUUUUCCCUGGGAAGAGCCACUUCAUGAUGACCAAUGCCAUCAUCAGGGAGCUGGUCAGGCAAGGACAUGAAGUAACAUUCAUCACUCCAUUCUCCUUGGCCAAGGAAAAGCUUGGACCGAACUACAAGGAAAUAGUUAUACCACAAUACGAUUUCUGGCCAGAAAUUAAGGAGAUGACCAAAAGAGACACCGUUCUGGAGAUGACAGAUUUGCCAAAUUUCUCCUUCCUCAGGAUGGUCAAUGUGAUGGGUGUGCACAGCACUGAUUUUGCAUUCGAGCAGCCCGAAAUUCAGGCCGUAAUCAAUGAGAAGAAUAAGGUCGGCAAGUACGAUCUGCUGCUGGCGGAGCAGUUUUUCAACGAGGGUGCCCUCAUCCUAGGACACCUCUACCAAAUCCCCAUCAUAACAGUCUCGACUUUUGGUAAUGCCAACUACCUUAGCCAACUGUUUGGAGUAGUGUCUCCUUGGUCGUAUGUCCCACACGCCUAUAUGCCAUAUACAGAUCGAAUGUCGCUGUGGGAGCGGAUUUCAAAUGUCGCCAUCAAUGCCGCCGAGGAUCUCACCAGGGAGUUCUCCUACUAUCCCGGGCAGGAUGCCGUCUUAAAGAAACACUUCUCCAAACUGCUGGAUAGGGUUCCUACCAUAAAGGAACUGGAGCGGAAUAUCUCGGCAAUUCUUUUGAACACCUACAUGCCUUUGGCUUCGGCAAGACCCAUGUCUUAUAAUAUGAUUCCCGUGGGCGGACUACAUAUUCAGCCACCCAAGGCAUUGCCAGAGCACAUUCAAAAGUUCCUGGAUGAAGCUACCCAUGGAGCUAUUUAUUUCAGCUUGGGGUCCCAAGUACGCAGUGCCGAUCUCCCGCCAGAAAAACUUAAGAUAUUCCUGGACGUAUUUGGCAGUCUGAAACAGCGCAUUCUAUGGAAGUUCGAGGAUGAAACUCUUCCCAAUCUGCCGGCGAAUGUAAAAGUGCAGAGUUGGAUGCCUCAGGCCGACAUCUUGGCGCAUCCCAAUGUCAAGGUGUUUAUUGCCCACGGUGGACUCUUUGGUACCCAGGAAGCGGUAUACAAUGGAGUACCAAUACUAGGAAUGCCCGUCUAUUGCGAUCAGCAUCAGAACAUUAAUCAAGGAAAGAAUGCGGGAUAUGCCUUGGGCCUGGAUUACCGAACAGUCACGGCUGAAGAGUUGCGAGGACUGCUUCUAGAACUGAUUGAGAAUCCCAAGUACAGAAAUAACAUAAAGCGUGCUUCACGGGUAUUCCGCGAUCGACCUCGUGGAGCCAUGGAUACCGCGAUGUACUGGAUUAACUAUGUGAUCGAGCACCGAGGAGCUCCUCACCUGGUGGCAGCUGGCGUGGAGCUGCCCUGGUACCAGUUCUACCUUCUGGACAUUGUGGCCCUUGCUCUGGCUGCCAUCCUCCUGCCUAUUGUUGCUCUAAUCCUUAUAUGCCGCAGCAGCUCAUCCAAAGGAAAGAGCAUUCCGAGAAAGAAGUCCAAGAAGAAUUAGAACCAAAACUUGAGUUUUAUUUUUGUUAACAAAAGAGGAUACAAUUAUGUUAGAUAGUUCUUUGUAAUAAAUUUUGGAUAAUCUCGUAA